CACCUUCACACCUUCAGGAGGAGUUUCUUGAGGGGCCCACUCUCCAGGCUGUGGCUGGGCCAGGGCCCGCAUGGAGAGGCCCCCCGAGUCCCAGGACAGGCUCCCUCCGGGGGUGAGUCCUGGGCACUCAGAGCCCGGGCAGCAGGACCUCCCAGAGGCAGGAGCCGAGCAGGAACUCAGGUGGAUAGAGCUGGGCUCGGAGGAGGCCCUGGGAACAGCGGCAGAGGGGACCCGUGUCCUGCAGGCCCGGGGGCGCCUGCUGCAGGCUGCGUGGAGCGGUCACUUAGGACUCACAACCCAGCUGCUGCGGCAGGGGGCCAGCGUGGAGGAGAGGAUGUGGAGACACUGCUUGACCACAGGGCGGACCCCAGCCUCAGGGACAGGCACGGACGCUCUGCACUCCACCGGGCUGCCGCUGGCGGACACCUGCCUGCCGUCCAGCUGCUGGCAGCCCGGGGAGCGCAGGUGGAUGCUCGAGACGCACUGGGCCUCACACCCCUGCACCACGCAGCUCGGAGCGGCCAUGUGGAAGUCGCCAGCCAUCUCCUGGACAGGGGCGCACAGGUCAACGCUGCUGGCUGGCUCCACGCAACACCCCUGCACCUCGCUGUGGAGCGUGGCCACAGCCCCGCCGCCGAGCUUUUGCUGA